CAAAGACUCCGCAGCCAGGGUGAAGUUUUUCUUUUUUAUUCUUUACAAGUAUAACCAGUCAGUUAUGCAUUUUAGGUAGCGUGGCAAGGGGUUUUUUUUUUAAAUUCCCAUCAGUGUCUUUUGGACAAACGCCCGUUUCUUCAACAAAGAGAUUGACUGUUUAUGCUCGCAAUGACAAUGUCGACUGCCAUGGACUUCCAUUCUCAGAUAGCCUCCAUCAUGGAGAUAUUAGCUAACUCCGCCGUCGCAGAAAUUUGCAAAGUUGUGGACGACGGAUACGCCGUGGUCCAUCUGGAAAUGUCCCGGAGUCAGAAGGAGAACGAGUUUCUGCGGCGGAAAAUCAAACUGUUGGAGCUGCAGAUCGCCCGGUACCGAGCGGAGAGAGUGAGGGGAACGGAGAGCUCCAGCAACAGCCGCUUCCUCGGGGUUCGCCUUCAUACCCGGCAGGAUAGGGCUACUCUGGCAGGCCCGGCUCUUCAGGGCAGGACCAGGCCUCUAAGCAGAGGGCCAGCGUCUCAGCAAUCUUUGCAGAAGAGCCAGUCCAUCAACCUGGACCAGGACCCAGAUCAGGAGGUUGUGACCACCACUAAAAUAGAGUCAGCAGAACCUGAGGAGGAGGAGCUACUGAUUGUGAAGGUGGAGGGAGCAUUUGAGAGCAUCGCAAACGUCGCCCCCGACGACCAGGACUCCAGUGACCCCCGGCCAGCCAGACAGCACAGAGAAAUGGAGGUCAGUGGAUCCAACAUCGUCACGUUUGUUGUCGGCAAGACAGCUGAAACAGACAGCAGCAGCAGCAGCAGCAACACUACCCACAAUCCCCAGCUGGAGUUAACUCAAGGUGAUGUCAGAGCAGGGGACAGUCAGCCACCUGCAAGCUCAGACACUCUGACUUCCUGUGAUGAUGGCAGGAAAUAUAAUGACGCUGUCUCAGAGGUGAUAGUCAUAGAUGGAGAGGGAACGUUAGACAGAGAGGCAGAGGAGUGUGAGUGGUCAGAUGGAGGGAACAUAGCUUUAGACCCUAGCAACAGAAAAGCAGACAGAGGGAGAGACAGACAUGAUCAAACUGCAACACCCAUGAUUCAGUGUGUUGAGCUGGAAUCAGCAGGACAGAGUUCAGUGCCUGUGGCAGCGUCUGUUUUCCCUUGUCAUGAUACUCCAGUAACUACCUCCAGUGAUUCACACACAGUCCACCAGGCCAACUCUUCCAGCAUUGCUCUGCACCACUCUGCCAGCCAGCCCAGCCACAGCUACCAGAAACCUUCCAGCAACCUCCACCUGGCCUUCUACCACGCUGUCACCAUGGAGCGGCCAUAUGGCUGCACCAGCUGCAUCAAGCGUUUCUUCCUGGAGUCUGACCUGCAGAAGCACAUGGCCAGGCACACCAGGGAGAAACCCUACACCUGUCAGGUGUGUGGCAAGAGCUUCGUGUGCCAGAGCCAACUGGACAUCCACCGCAACGUGCACACAGGCGAGAGGCCUUUCAGCUGCUCCAUCUGCAACCGCCGCUUCUCCCAUCCCAGCAACCUGAAGAGACACCAGAAGAUCCAGUACGCUACCUUUGAAGGGCAGGGCCAAGGAUGUCUGAACACCAGCAGCCCUCAGAGCAAGGAGGAAAAGAUGGAUGAAGUGCAAGGUAGCACUGCAGAGAAACAUAGUCCUUCUCAAAUGCUGCUGGAGUGGCAGGAGAGCAGUGAGACUGAAGCUAUGGAGCAGCCAUCUUGUUCCAUGUUGUUACCACAAACCAUAUCAAGAAGGUCAUCAUUGAGCCGAGUAAGAGCAAACCCCACCUCCAGUGUCACUACUGUUUCCAAAACUGGUCAGACAAGUUCUGCAUCUAUGUUCCAAGAAAUUCUCAGCACCUCACUUCCACGUGAAGUGGAGGACAGCUGCAGUGUUGCGAUGGCACUUGUACGAGGCGGCCAUGAUGGAGCUGAAGAAGAUCAGAACAAUGCCAGUGAGAGGUCAACGUGUCAACCACUGCUAUGUAUUCAGAUCAAGGAGCCACACACUGAGGUGAUGUUUGAAGGUAACAGAGCCUACAGUAAUCACGUCUCUAUCUUUAACAACCCCCCUGUUACCACGGGGACAGUGGACUCCCAACAACAAACGCAUUCAAAAAAUUCUUGGUGUGGAGUUCAGCAAACGGAAACCUUCUCUAAUCAAAACCAGCUUUAUCAACCAACUUGCAGUCAGAAUGGAGAGUGUGACUCAGUGCAGCAGCAGCCCUGCCUCCCUUAUGCUUGCACCUUCUGCUCACGCCGCUAUGCUCAUCAAUGCCAGCUACGCAUCCAUGAGCGCGUACACACAGGGGAGAAGCCGUACCAGUGUGUCCAGUGUGGGAAGAGCUUCGGCCAGUUCUGCAGCCUUAAGCGCCACCAGAUGGUUCACACAGGGGAGAGACCGUUCCCCUGCCCCCAAUGUGGCAAGCAGUUCUCCACCUCCACCAACCUGAAGGUCCACCAGAGUGUCCAUACUGGGGAGAAGAGGUUUCACUGUUCCAAGUGUGGCAAGAACUUUUCCUUUCUUAGCAACCUAAUCAGGCACCAAGCUCUUCACACCACCAAGUAA